AUUACCAAAAUGGCUUCCAACGCGGCAAAGGUGAACGCAACGCAUUCUCUCAAACCAGAUCGUGCACUCAUCGACGCCAAUUUUGAUGGCUACAAGUUAUCUCUGGACCCUCUUCCCCAGUAUGCUGUUAAUCUAGACACAGGGAUUGACGAUGUCAAACUCAAUGAGGAGGAGUACACCUACCAGCACAUCAGGGCCUUUGGGAUACACAACCACCUGACUCUGGACCAGUGGAACCCUGAUUCUGUGUACUAUGUGGACAACAGACACACUGUGCAGCAGAUCAAAAUCAUCCUGGACACCCAGAUCAACCCUCCCAGACCAGUACUGAAGAUUCCAUGUGAUGAACCACAAGGCACGAGACAUAACGUCACCCUACACUUCCCCUCUCGUGGCUGGUGUGUCCUCGCUGAUGGUGCCGGGAAACUCCUGGUCAUUCAAACCCACAACAGGGGCACACCGGAGGAAGAACCAUGGAAGAUAGUGUUCUCAGAGGAGCUGUGUGAUAAGCAACCUUUCACCCUUCUGCACUCGCUGGUUGACAUUUCCCACAAUGUGCUGCACAUCGAGGCCCUGCUGCUACACAUGGACAAAGUGCCACAGGAACACAAGACUGACUUCACGGUGGUGCUGGAGUGGGUUACACUGGCCAAACAGGAUGGGACAUCUGGUGGGUUCAAAGUUGAGCGGGUGAGGCAGGUACAGGGGAAGACUUCUCCCCAGUAUGCAGCUAUAGAGCGUGGAGGCAGGGGGCUCUUCAUCGCAAGUGACAGGCCAUUCAGGAUGGUGUCAGACACAGCCAAGGACGUGGAGAUGGAAGAAGACAGCUCAAAUGGAGAAUCUGAAGCAGCCAAGCAACCAGCCUACAUCUGGGGUCAGACAUCAGAAGAUGUGAGUGUGAAGUUCACAGUUGAUGAGGGGACCACAAAGUCAGACAUAGAGUUGAUAUUGGAGACCAAGAGGAUAAAGCUUGGUGUGAAGAACAGGGAACCCUUGUUGGAUGGUGAACUGUGUGGUGCUGUAGAUGUUGAAGCUUGCACAUGGACUCUUGAUGGAAAAGAGCUGGAGCUUCUACUGCAGAAAAGGGAAGAGGGACCAAUGUGGCCUGCAGUUGUAGUGGGGGACACUAGGGGCCAGCUCACACUUGACCCUGAUCAGGCAGCAGAGAUGAAUGAGAGGCUGAGUGGGCUAACAUCUGAUCAGUUGAAUGCCAGCCCUGACCCAGACAAGAAGCCAUACAACACGCAGGAGUUGGAGGAGUGUGAUGCCUUCCCCGAGGACUCUGCCAUGCUGGUGCGACUGGAUGGUGAAACCCACAGGAAUACAUAUGCUGCAAGUUUGUCCAGUCAUCAGUCCCUGUUUAAUGUACAGAUAGAGGCAGGAGAGGCACCAUGUCUCUGUCUGAGGCAUGAUGUUGACGCCCUCAUCUGGCAGCCCAAGUCUUCCUCAGACAACUCAGACAUCCCCUUUGCACAUGUAGCUACUUUUAAUGCACUAGGCUAUGUCCAGGCUUCUAAGCGAGACAUGAAGUUUGCCAUGUGUGCGCCUAACUUUUCCUAUGCCUCACUGUGUGACUGCGUGAGGCACGUGUAUGUGUACCGCCAGCCCACCCCAACAGCCAGCCCUGUGCGAAACAGGAAAAGUGGGAGGGUCAUAGGGCAGAUUGCCAAGCAGCAAGUGGUUGCCAUAGAUUCAGCUGAGAAUAUUAUGGGAUUCCAGGUUUCAAAUGAGCGGUUGUUUAUUUUGACUGGCAGCAAACUGAUAACAGUGAGAGUAAAUACAGAAGACUAAGGGCUUUUCCAGAACUAUCUGCAUUGCAAACUAUCCAUGGAUUAAUAGAACAGCAGAGCAAUAUGAGGAAGAGGGAUUUGCAUAUCAGGAUUUAAUUUCAGCUUGCCAUAUACUGCAAUUACUUUUUACCAAUCACUACACAAAAACCAAACAUAGAGAACUCAAUAUUCCUGUUUUGAGAUUUAUUUGUUGCUACUACAUUGUAUUGAUGGGGAUGACAAAAAAUUGCUGUAAACUUACUUUUGACAAUACAUGUACUUGAUUUGGGUGUCAUUGAAUAUAAGUGUAACUGAGAACAGAUAUUACAGUAUGCUUUCUGA